CGACGAGGAAUCUUAUUAUUUGACAAAUGGUGACAUGUACACGUAUCGAUGUGAGGUUUCUGUAAAUUGUUUGUAAAAAUUUAAACCGAUCGGAGAGACUGAAAUCAUGUUUGCAAAUUUGAAAAACAAAAUUUUCGAAGAAGUGAAGGCUUCGCCGCAGAAAUUCCAACAGUUCGCCCAGGCUGCGCAGGCUGCAGUCUCUUCUGCGUCUAGCAAUGCAUCCGAUUCAGUGUCUGGAAGCGACAACUUCUUCAGCAUCACAGAGGAAGAUACACCUCAAAAUUCGCCGCAUAGAGCACCAGCUAGUGGAAGCCUGAAAAAAGCACCCACACCGUCUUCAUCGAAGCAGUCAAAUCCGAUUGUCUCAUUUGCAAACAAUGGGGUCACACUCAAUCGAACGCGGCGCUUGUCAAACUCCUCGAUGGCCAGUGAUGUGUCGUUUCGGCUGCCGUCAUAUGACUCUCCAGCGAUCUAUCACCUCCAAUCCGACCUCGACAUAUCCGCCAGUGAAGUGGAAGACUCCGCCACUCCAUCCAACGUUCAACUGGACGUCAUUAGCAAGGAACAACUGUACAGUGCAUAUAAGAAGUCGUUGGAAAGAUAUCAAAAGUAUCGGUCGCGAUUUACAGAUCUAGCCAAACGGUAUCGUGAUUUGGAACGCGAUAGUGCGAAAGCUAGGUCUGUACUCGUUGAAACUCAAGAUAAAGCAAUACGUAGGAUAAGUGAAUUAAGGGAGCAGUGCUCAUUAGAACAACAGGCUAAAGCUCAUUUAGAAGAGGCCUUACGAUUAGAAAUGGAUGACAUGCAGUGCAAACUAAAAGCCUAUGAAACAAAAUUAACGUUGCUGGGAGAAAAUCCUGAGAACGUAACAAAUUCCGCCGAAUCUAAACCCCCUCCUACUGAAGAAAGUUUGAUUCAACUUGAUUCAGAGGAUGAUAAUGCUACCAGUUCUGCCAGUGGAGAUAAGAUGAAAAACAAUGUGCAGUCAGAUAUAGAGGAUCCGAGUAUUCAGGCACUUAAUGAGAAAAUAUUGAAACUUGAAGAACUGGUCGUUAAAUAUAAGAAACAACUGAGUGAAACGUCAAACAAAUUGCAAGAAAUUUCUAAAGAAAAUUUACUCCUAACAACUAGGCAGCAAGAAUCGGACGUACUGAUAAGUAACCUAAAGAAGCGAGAAGAAGAAAAUUCUAUAUUGCUUGCUGAAAACAAGUUGAUGGUGCACACUGAGUUGGAAAACAAAGAGAGUGAAGUGAAGCAGUUGAAGCAGAAGUUAGCUGAACUGGAAAGAAAUGCGUCACAAGAUCAGCUAAUUGCUGAGCUUCGACAUCAAAUUGCAGAGAAGGAUAAGGUCCUUGAAAAUUUGAAAAAGCAACACAGCGAACAUGAUCAGAAAUUUUCGCAAUUGGAAAAAGAAAACAAAGAGUUGAAGUUAAUACAAUCACGUAAAGCCGAGCUUGAAAAGGAAUUGGAGAAUGUUGCGAAGCAAUUAACCGAAUUACAAGUUCUUCUUGAUUCCAAAAAAGAAAUGGAAGAAAGGGUGAAAAAAGAGAAUGACGAUUUUCGAGCGCAGAUAGCUCACCUUGAAAAGGAACUGCACGAAUCACGCGCCGAGAGUGAAGCAAGUCAAAAUCAUAUUAAAGAGCUUAAAGCUGAAAUUGAAGGUGUCCGCAUUGUUGCCAAAUCUCAAGAGUCAGCUGCGAUCGGAUCGCUUCAGAAUGAACUUAAAGAAUUGAAAGAAACAUACGAAGAAAAACUGAAAAGUCUCCAAGACGCGCUUGUCCAAAAAGAAGAAACAUGUAAGCAGCUUGAAAAAGAUGUCGCUGAACUGAAAACAGCAAUAGAUACUUCGACUAAUGAGCAAGUUGAAAAUACCUCUUCCUCUGCAGAAGAAUGUCGCCAAUUAAGAGAGCAAAUUGAGAAACUUAAAAGUGAUCACACUGAUAGAGAAAUUCAGAUGGAAAAGGAGAAACUCGAGUUGCAGUCCCAAGUUACAAAUAUUCUACAAGAAAUCAGCCGAAUGGAAGAUCAGAUGAAGGAUGUUCGUAGAUCUCAUGAUCAACUAGAGGAGGAGAAACGAGUGCUUGAGAAAAAAAUCGAAAAAAUGACCAGGCAGAAUCAGGUCAGUCAGGAAGGGCAGCAAAAGUGGCAGGUGAUGCUCCAGGAAGCUGAAAGCAAUGCCAAGCAAUUAGAGGCAAAACUGAAGGAAGCUGGAGCGGAAAAUACACAGUUGGCAGAGAAAAAUUGUUUGCAAGCGGAAAAUUUGAAACGAUUCGAGAUGCAAAUUAAAGAAAGUGAAAGUUCCUUCAAGCGUGAGAAACAAUCGCUAAAUAAUAUUAUUAAGGAAGCUGAGGUCAAUUAUAGUUCAUUACGUUUAGAGCUGGAUACGGCGAAUGAAACAAUCCGCAAAUUAAAUGAGAAAAUGUCACAAGUUUUGGAUGAGAAUUCAAGUCUUCACAACGCCAAAGAAUUGAUGGACCAUGAAUUCAGAUCGCUUCAGGAUCAGUGCGAAAGUCGAGAAAAGGAGAAAUUGUGUGUUUUGGAUAAUAAUAAGUGUCUUGAAGAAGAAGUGCAACGGCUGAAGAGGGAAACUGAGGAACUUCGAAGUAGCAGUGGAGACGAUAAAGAGCAGCUUAGAAGACUGCUUGAUGAGAUAAAUACCCUGAAAGAUUGUAAGGCGCAGCUUGAACAACAAAUUAAAUCGUACGAAGCGGAGGCAAAUUCUGCAAAGUCUGCCGAAGAGCACCUGCAACAGUUACAUGAUGAAUGCACUAAAUCGAAUGAAGAAAUUUUGCGGUUGAAGGAAAAAAUUCUAAAGUUAAACUCACAAAUACAAGAAAUUCAACAACGGGAGGAGAAAUGUUCAAAAGAGUUUUCUGAUCGAAUAGAUGAAAUAAAUAAAGAAAACAUUACUCUCAAGAAACAGAACGAAUCAUAUUCUGCAGAAAUCAAUCAGCUAAAUUCGCGAACAGAAAGUCGAUUAGAAGAAUUACAAAGUCUUUUGAAGCGGGCUAACGAGGAAAAAGAAGUGUUGAAAGAAACCAUAAAGAAUGCAAGCGAUCUUGAGAAGAAACUUCAAAACUAUGAAGAACAAAAAAUUGAGAACCAGUACCUGAACACGUCUAUCAACCAGUUGGAAACAAAUAUGCGGAAUUUGAAAGAUGAACAGGCUCAAAAGGAUAAAGAAAUCGCAGAGCUAAAGGAAAAAAUCAAGUCACAACAAUGUGAGCUCUAUGUACAAAUUGAGGAAAAGGAUAAACACCAAGUAGAAAUCAACGUUCUGAAUGAAAAGUUGACGAAGGAGAGUGAGGAAACAAACAAACUUCAAGAAAUCUUAACGAGCGAACGUGAGGAACUGAAGCGCCAAAAAGAUCAGGUUGCUUUUAUCACAAAUGAAAAUGAUAAGCUUCAGCAAGAUCUAUUGUCUUGGCAACAGAAAGCCAGCGAUAACGAACGAAUAUCCGGAGAAAGGCGACUCAAGCUUGAGGAGCUAACCAACGAAAACACUCGCUUGAAGACCGACCUAGAAGAUGCAAAGGUUGAAUUCAAACAAAACUAUAGUCAACUUUCAGAGGAAAAUGAGAAACAUAAAACAGCCGUCCGUAAUUUAACCGAGCAGCUCACAUCGAUUGGAGAUCAGUUGACUAAACUCGAAACGUUGGAAGCAAAUAAUCAGCAACUCCAGCUCAGAAUCAAAGAGCUCGAAGUUGAGCUGGUGGAAAAAGCUAAAGUCAAGAGCGAGUCAGUUGUCGAGUCAUCAAAGCAACAACAAAGCGAAAUGGAAGUCUUACGAAACAUCAACGAACGAUUGCAGCGUGAACUUGAGGAUCUGAAACAUAAAACAUCAGCUGAAAUAAUGAAUUUAACACAUGAAUGUGACGAUCUAGCGGCCAGUGCAAAAGCUAUGUCAGAGAAGGUGGCUGAAUAUGAUAAGCUCCAGGAGCAAUAUAGAAAACUCAUGGCUAAUAUGCAGACACCUAAAGAUGACAAUGCAAAUGAAAGUGAUGCGGGAAUUGAAGCAAUUCGGAAAGAAAAAGAAGAUUUGGAGGUCAAGUUGGAGAAAAUUAUGCACGAGGUGCAGGAUGUAUCCAAUAGGAAUUUGUUCUUAGAACAAAAGUGCGAGAAUUAUUUGGUCCUAGAACAAUCAAAUGAACGAUUGAAGCUUGCUAACGAUAAGUUGUCGCGGCAAUUAGAUGAAACAUUGGUGUCGCUGCAACACCAUGAAGGCAUUUCAGCUAACACAGAAUUUGAAUAUUUAAGGAAUAUUAUGUUCCAGUACUUAACGGGAAGCGUGACAGGAAAUAAUUCGACAUUAGUUAAGGUAAUAGCGGCUGUGCUUAAGUUUACGCCCCAACAAACCCAAGUUGCUAUUGAGAAAGAACACCAAAGGCAUACCCUGGCCGGUCAAAUCAGCAAUCUUCUAUAGCAGGACCUAAAAUUUUACAGAUCGUGGUACUGAAAAUUGAAAAAAUAGCGUUCGCCUUCAUAGCGACUCCUGUUAGCCGGCGGAAUCAAAAAAAUCUAAUCCGUGUUCAAAAAAUCCUAUACAAACAAAAUAUUGCAAAUGAAUAUUUUAAAUUUACAAAACAUCUAACAUCACCUGAUCUAAGGCUCGCAUGCAUUUUAUAUAAAAGUUUGGCUACAAGAUAAAAACCGUAGGUUACAUUUCAAGUCAUAGAUAGAUUUACUUCGAAUAUUUAUUCAUCAGAAAUACUGUACAUAAUAUUGAGAAAAAAAUAUAUAAUAAAACAUGGAAAUAACCAAAUUUUGGCCAGGUCUAAUCAGAAUGGUGUGUCGCAUUAAUGUAUGUAUAUUAAAACGUAGCUUUAUAGUUCUAACAUGUUUCGUUGUCUCACAUCGUUUCACCGCAGUUAAAAACGCGCGUUUGUUUUUUUAUUACUUUUAUUGUAAUAUAUAAGUUUGGAGGGCAAUAAAUGGGGCAGAGUUCAUUGUUUUUGGUUGAUACGGUCGUUAAUUGUAAAGAUCCAGUUAAGAACUCCAAGGUCCGUUUCCAUUAUGCUGACUAGUAUCGGUUAGCCUCCCCAAAUCAGCAAUUUUGCGAUUUCGCACAGACAGGCGAUAAACCUUUUGCUAUGAAGUGUAUAUGUAUUACGAAGGUCGUCGAUUGGCUUUUCAUAUGAGUACAAAAGCAAUGCACAUUAAAAUUUAUUGUUUCGACCAUAUCCUCACGAUAGCGCAAUAAGAAAUUCGAUUAUUUUCUCUGCCUCAUUUAUGGAAAGAAGAAAUCGCGAAAUUUGUUAUAUUUAUUGAUUUAAAACAUGUUUUUCGACUUUUCUAAGAUGGCAGUUAAAGACAUUUAAUACAUUUAAGAUUGAAAUGUUUAAGUUUUUAUGUGCCUUACUAUAUAUCCUUCUCAUAAAAUAUUUACACAUGAUGGUCA